UGGGGGCGGAGAUACAGGGGUGCAAGAGCAUGCGGGAGGAAGUGUGGGGAUACCGCGAUGCGAGAAGUGGAGGGUUCUGGGAACAACCGGUGGCGGCUUCUGGUGCCCGCGGUGGGGAAGAUGGUGGAUAUGGAGACCCUGGCUCCAGUUCAAAGACCGUCCGCCUGACGCCAUCGGUCGCGCAUCCGCCCUCUUGGCCUCCGGUUGCGGCCUACCGUGGGCUCAGAGGCUCGGACACUCUCCGGAUUUUGCACACUUGAUGUCACCGAUUUCUCGCAGGGUCGCUCAUUCCCGAGACGUAAAGGCUACGGCGUAUUCUUCCUGAAAGGAGCCAUGGAUGCUGUAGAACUUGCCAGAAAAUUACAGGAGGAGGCCACGUGCUCCAUCUGUCUCGACUACUUCACAGACCCUGUGAUGACCACCUGUGGUCACAACUUCUGCCGAGAGUGCAUCCAGCUGACCUGGGAAAAGGCCAAAGGCCAGAAAAGGAGAAGAAAGGGGAAGGGCUCCUUUCCCUGCCCCGAGUGCCGCGAGCUAUCCCCCCAGAGGAAUCUGCGGCCCAACCGUCUGCUGACCAAGGUGGCCGAGAUGGCACGGCAGCACCCCAGCCUACGGAGCAGGGACCUGUGCCAGGUGCACCAGGAGAUGCUCAAACUCUUCUGUGAGGACGACCAGAGCCCCAUCUGUGUCAUCUGCAGGGAGUCCCAGGAACACCGGCCCCAUAGUGUGGUACCUAUUGAGGAGGCUGUGCAGGAGUACAAGUUGAAGUUGGAGGAGGACAUGGGGUACCUGCGAGAGGAAAUGAUGAAGACCGGGAAGUUGCAGGCCAAGGAGGAAGAGACCUUGGCUGAGUGGCAGGAGAAGGUGAAGGAGCGGAGGGAGCGCAUCGGGGCUGAGUUUGAGAAGAUUGGCCUCUUCUUGUUGGAGGAGAAGCAGCGCCUCCUCCAGGCCCUGAAGGAGGAGGAGGAGGAGACAGUGGAAAAGCUGCAGAAGAGCGUGGCCUCACUGCAGCAGCAGAGUCGCUCCUUGGAGAUGCUGCUACUGCAGUUGGAGGACAGGAAUGAGCACCCACCACUGCAGAUGCUGCAGGAUAAGAAGGACCUCCUCAGCAGGAAGAACAGCCUGAGCGUGCAGUACCCAGAGGCCACCCCCACCAUUCUGAAGACCGUCUGCAGGGUCCCAGGGCAGAUAGAGGUGCUCAAGAGUUUCCAAGAGGACGUGGUACCCGACCCCUCCACGGCAUACCCUUAUCUCCUCUUGUAUGAGAGCCGCCAGAGGCGCUACCUGAGCACCCCGAUGGAUGGCACACCCUGUGGCAAGGACAGGUUCCUAGCCUACCCCUGUGCGGUGGGCCAAGAGACCUUCUCCUCGGGGAGGCACUACUGGGAGGUGGGCAUGAACCUCACCGGUGAUGCACUGUGGGCCCUGGGCGUGUGCAGGGACAACGUGAGCCGGAGGGGCAGGGUCCUCAAGUCCCCAGAAAAUGGGUUCUGGGUGGUGCAGCUAUGCAAGGGAAAGAGGUAUGCACCUGCCACGUCGGCCCUAAUCCCCGUCACGGUGACCGAGCCCCCCAGCCACGUGGGCAUCUUCCUGGAUUUCGAGGCUGGAGAGGUGUCCUUCUACAAUGUGAACAAUGGGUCCCACCUGCAUACCUACUCCCAGCCCACCUUCCCAGGCCCCCUGCAGCCCUUCUUCUGCCUUGGGGCCCCCAAAUCAGGCCAGAUGGUCAUUUCUACAGUGACCCUAUGGGUGAAGGGAUAGAGGCACGAGCAGGGGGAGCCUGGGCAGCCCUGAUUUCUCCAGAAGGUGAGGUGGUCCAGCUCAGCAAGCCCACCUGCCCGGCUUAUUUCCCUGUGACAGUCAUCAGCCGUGCAGGUGGUCUCACAAAGCAGAAACGUAUCAUGAUUAAAGCAGUUAAACAUUAAAAGGCUAUAUUUACAGAUGCUUCAUAGAGAAACCUUUCAUAGUGGGUCAGUUUCUAAAUCCAUACAUUUGCAUGUACCAGGCACAGUGUGGUGCAGUCUUCUUUAGCCACAUCCCCUACUCU